AAUUGGAAUAGUAGUCAAUUAAAAAUGAAAUCUAUAUUGUAAAUAUCAAGAAAUUGAGGCGAAAAUUCGGUACGUGGAUUGAACGCCCAUCAUUUUGUAUGCUAGGAAAUGUCCAUACUAUCAAUUCGGUCGGUCCCCUGUUCAAACUUAUCUGCGUAGUGGGUUGUACAUUUACAGACAUAUGGAUUGAUAUUGCAGUAGACUUGACCUGAGUUGUAUGAACAGAAUAUAGCUCUGUACAGUGGAAUCAUUUCAUAUCAUUUCAUAUCAUAUCUCUGUCGGGGAACUCGAUUGGUGCAUGUUCUGUAUCUCAGAGAAACAUAAACCCAAAAAGGAGACCUUUUGGCCCCAUCUUUUCUAAAUUUGUGCUUGUUGGCCCAUUUGUUGGUAUACAAUUCAUUUGUUUUUCCAAAUUUUAUUCUGGUCUGAGAAAGCUUCAUGUAACAUAGGCAUGCUUGUUGGGUUGUUAUUUUAAUUAUGAGAUUCCAUUCUGGUCUAAGAAAGCUUUGCAAUGGAUGAUUAUUGGGUUAUUUUCAUAAUUAGACUCUGCAACUAAGCAGUACUUGUUCGGCCUUAUUUGGAAUCCUUACAGCAGUUUCCCCUCUUGUCUGCUUUAGAUCCAUUGAAUUUCUGUAAGUACCAGCAGUGUCUCUUGAAAAAUACCCCAAAACAUCGGAAACCAACUUGCUUUGGUUGAAUUGAUGAUUGUCUUAGCUUAAUUCAAAUGCAGGCAUGGAAGAUUGGAUUGGCAGUAGCCCUGCCAUUUGUUGUAGUCAUAGCUUGCAUUCUUUAUAUAAAAUGUUCUAAGCUCUCCCACAAGAAAUCUAAUCGACAAGAUGAAGCCACAAGUAUUCCCUCUCUGAAUCCUAAUGUGAGACACAGCAACCGAGUUGCAAAUGUUUGGAGGCAGAGUUAUAAUUACAGUCAGCAAUAUCCUCUCAAGCCCUUCAGUUGGAGAGACCACCCAUCCUUAAUUACAGAGAUAAUUGAGCAUGGGUGGAUCACUUUUGGGUUUACAAAAACACAUACUCCUUCUUCUCCCAGUAAUUUUUGGGGCCGGUAUAAUCGUUUUUCUAAUGGAGGAGGAGUUGAAGCUGAGAUCAGCUGGGAAAUGGAGUCAGGGACUGAUUACAUGCAGAAAGUUAGGUUGAAUCCAGGACUACCCACUAAGAAAAAUAUGAAUUUAUUGCUACCCAUUCAAUCUGUGCAGGCUGCCUUGCCUCUCCCAGGUCCCGCAAUGGGGGAUCUUCUGUUUCCCGAAGAAGCUUAUUUUGAGAUUACAAUAUUGGCAGAUAUUGGAGUACAGAUUAAAAAUUUAUGUUCCUUCAAGAGUUUUGGAGACGAUGACAAUGCUAAACUUAUAUCGCAGCCAUCCAAUUCAGAGGACUGUUCGCAGCAUAUGAACUCUGAGGUAAUGCCCUCAAAUGUCAAUAUUGAUUUAGAGGCCAACUAUAAGGGAGUUGUUCUGGCCAGAAAGAGAUCCAAAAGCUGUUUCAAGGAUUCUCAUUUUGAAAACAGUUGUCUCGACCCUUCAGGCAGUCCUAAGGUUAUAUCUCUGGGGCUUGCAGUUGGCGGGACUGCUGUUUAUCGGCUACCAGGUUGUGAACCAGGGUCUGUUGGAUUUCAUUCAACUGGACUAGUCUUUCUCAAUGGGAUGGCACAUUUGGAUGAUCACCAAGAACAAUAUAAACCAAUUUCUGCAAAGCAAGCUUGGGGUGUAAAAAGUGUAAUUGGAUGUGGUUUCAACCCUGCCAAUAGGAGAGUUUUCUAUACAAUGAAUGGUGAGCAGGUUUACUCUCUAACUUGCAAUUCAGAUGAGUUCAGUCAUCCUCUGUAUCCAACAAUUGCAGCCAACUAUGAUGUGACAGUGUUGGUAAAUUUUGGGCAGAGUCAGUUCAACUAUUUGCCUGCCAAUGACCAUAGGGUGGCGAAUCCAUGUGUUAAAAUGUUACUCAAAAAUAGUUCUGUUAAAUUUCUCUCAAGAUAUGUUUAUGACAGUGAUGAACUUUUCUCAAUGGGCAGAAUUGAUGCACAGUGGCUAGGAAAUUUUGAGAGUUCCAAUUCAGAACUGCAACACAAACAUGUGUAUUCGGAGACCGAAUCAGAGUUUUUUGAGAUCCCUCUUGAUGAAAGUAUUAAAUAAAUGCAGACACUUUGUCAACACAAUGUAUUAUUUGCCGUGUGAUAUUUUCAUGAUUGUCUGAGUAUGUAUCAUUCCUUUCAUAAUUUUCUAAGCUAAUAUGUUUUGAAUCGUUUAUAAAUAGACAGACUGUGGUGCUAGUUGCUACUAUGCUUCAAUAUUAUCAUAUUUCAUAGUUUUCUGAA